GAACCUACUAACUGUGAUCUUCAGGACUUCCUGUUGAGUGUGAUUUACCCUUAAUAUGUCAUAGGAGUGACGUGUUUAGGAAAAAAGGGUGAGGGAAUAUUUUUCAUAAUCUAUCGAAAAGGAUUGACACACUAAUGCAACAAUAUUCUUUUCUUUAGGAUUAUAUGAAGGGAGAAAAGGUUUAGAUAUUGUAGACUAUACUGGAUUUAUUGCCUGUGUAUAAAAUUAUCAGUGGGACACACUGUUAUAUUACUUCUCUCCUGUCAGUGUAUUAUUGAUUAAUUGAGCUUAUCAGAAAUAAUCCACUUCUCAAACACUACACUAUUACGUACCGCUCUGCUGUCCAUCAGCACGUAGAUUCCGCCCUUUUGUGCACGCAGCCAAUCAACAGAGUUCUUGAUUUCCUCUCCUCUUAUUGCUUAAUGAUCUUUAGUGCUGAGGUUUAAGUGAGACCGAAGGCUGCAGAAAACACACUUGUACAUUUGUGUUCUGGAAACAAAACUUCACUGAAGGAGAUGAACCACAGCGGUGCAGAUCAGGACUGUGAGUCCACACAGAUGCCACACUAUCUCAGUAAAAAGGAGGCUGUUGCUAUGGAGAUGGAGUUGCUGAGGGACUAUCACUUUAGUCUGCAUCAGCUGACAGAGAUUUUAGGUCAUGCCUGUGCAGUUGCCAUCACAAAGACAUACCCGCUGAGCACUCUGGGUAAGAGGCAGCCCACUGUACUGGUGGUGUGUGGGCCGGAUCAGAACGGCUGCGUCGGUCUGGCAUGUGCACGUUAUCUGAGAUUAUUCGAAUACAUGCCUACUGUCUUCUAUCCAAAACGGUCCUCACAAAGUCCUCACCUGGACUUUACUGUACAGUGUGAGAAAAUGGACAUUCCCUUCCUGUCCUACCUGCCGACUGAGGUUCAGCUUAUAAACGACGCAUAUAACCUGGUGGUGGAUGCACUGCUGGGUCCAGAGACAGAACUGGGGACCGCAAAAGAACCCUUCAGCAGCAUCAUGCUUACUCUCCGAGGCAUCAAAAUCCCCAUCGCCAGCCUCGACAUCCCUUCAGGUUGGGACCCUGACGAAGCCAGCGUCGACGGGAUUAAUCCCAACGUCCUCAUCUCCCUGAUAGCGCCAAAGAGAUGUGCACUCGGUUUCUCUGGGACACAUUUACUCGCUGGACGCUUAUUGCCCUACGAUAUUCAGAAGAAAUAUGAACUCAACCUUCCCAAGUUCCCCAGUACAGCCUGUAUUACUGAACUACAAUAACAAGUCUGUACAUUAAGUCUAAAUAGGACUUUCAGGAAACUCCCAAAUAAAUGUAUGACCAUUAUUCUAAUAAAAAAACAUUUUUUAA